AUGCCUCUGACCCUCCCUCUCUCUUCCUCCUCCUCACACUACCUUUCUCUCUUUCUCUUCCUCCUCCUCACACUACCUUUCUCUCUUUCUCUUCCUCCUCCUCACACUACCUUUCUCUCUUACUCUUCCUCCUCCUCACACUACCUUUCUCUCUUUCUCUUCCUCCUCCUCACACUACCUUUCUCUCUUUCUCUUCCUCCUCCUCACACUACCUUUCUCUCUUUCUCUUCCUCCUCCUCACACUACCUUUCUCUCUUUCUCUUCCUCCUCCUCACACCCCCUUUCUCUCUCUUCCUUCCCCUCCUCCUCAUCAUCUCCCUCUCUCCUCCUCCUCCUCCUUCCAUCUCCCCUCCUCCUCAUCAUCAUCCCCUCUCUCCUCCUCCUCCUCAUCAUCUCCCUCUCUCCUCCUCCUCAUCAUCAUCUCCCUCUCCUCCUCCUCAUCAUCAUCUCUCCUCCUCCUCCCUCCUCAUCAUCAUCUCCCCUCUCCUCCUCCUCAUCAUCAUCUCAUCUCCUCCUCCUCCUCAUCAUCUCCCUCUCUCCUCCUCCUCCUCAUCAUCAUCUCCCUCUCUCCUCCUCCUCCUCAUCAUCAUCUCCCUCUCUCCUCCUCCUCAUCAUCAUCUCCCUCUCUCCUCCUCCUCAUCAUCAUCUCCCUCUCCUUUUUUUCUCUUCCUGGUCCUCCUUCCUCACCCCUCUUUUUUUUUUUUUUUUUUUUUUUUUCUCUCUCUCUCUCUUCCUGGUCCUCCUCCCUCACCCCUCUCUCUCAUUGGUGCAAGUAGUUUGCAGCUCCCAACAGGCCACAAGCGGUCUGGAUCAAAUGUAUCGGCCCGAUCCCUUCAUUGUGAUGAUGAAGAUGAAAUAAUUGUAUUCCAAGGAGAAGCCAAUAAGAAACUUUUCUGCCGACUAUGUAACAGAGUUUUUAAAGACCCAGUCAUUGUUUCUUGUGGGCAUACGUACUGUCGAAGAUGUGUAAAUAAUCAUAGUGAAGGUACAUGUCCAGUUGACAACCAAAAAUUGAACAUAGUUGUAGCAAAUAUUGCUGUGUCUGAACAAGUCGGUGAAUUAGUGAUACACUGUAAAUAUGGCUGUAUACCUUCCGAAGAUGGCCAGCCUUAUGUUGUAGAUACAACGAAAUGUCCUGUAAUUGUCAAGCUAAACAGCAGAGGUGCUCAUGAAAAUGACUGUGAUUAUGCUCCUGUUGAGUGUCCAAACAAUGUAGGCUGUCCUCCUUUGUUAAAAAAGGAUUUAGAAAGUCAUCUGAAAAUUUGUAAUAAUGUAACCUGUCCUCAUCAGAAAUACAGCUGUGAUUUUAUUGGAACCCAAGACGACCUUGUUGUACACUUGCGAACUUGUAAAUUUGAAGGCAUGAAAGAUUUCUUACAACGAACUGAUGAAAAAAUUGCUGAACUUCAAUUUUCUUUAGUUACUAAAGAGCAUGAAAUUGGCUUCCUUCGUUCUAUGUUGGGUAAACUCUCUGAACGGGUUGAGAAUUUGGAGAAAACUGUUGAUAUGCGUGUGGAUCUGCUGGAACACAAACAGAAUUGUAUCAUGACUGAAGUCAUCGAUAAUCGACGUGAGAAUGCAUUAGUGGCAGAAGAAAUUUCUAACAUCAACAAACGUUUGAAUAUUGGUGUACAGAUGGGAGCCAAUUUGCUUUUUUAUUUUUAUUCUCUCUCUCUCUCUCUCUCUCUCUCUCUCAUAUUGGGAUAA